AUGGCGGGUCGUGUUCUUGAUGUGUUGGACGUUUGUCCUCAACUUGUGCCUCAGGACAGAACAAAACGAUUCUAUGACGGUUAUAUCACAGUUUGUGUAAGUUACUAUUUUGUCAAUAAGUGAAGAAAGAAUGUUUUGCGAGAAAAAGAAUGCAAGGUUGUGUUGAAGUCUUUGUAAAUAAUCUUGUACGAUCCUCGCAGAAAAAGAACUUCCGAAUUUGCAUCCAAAUUCCGGACCACAAGUCCAUGGAAAAUGCCAGGUAGGAUAAAUGUUAAAUGUUUCUAGUCUUCUCGGAAAUGAUGGAAACUGUAAGCGCCGUCUCAAAGUAUUUUCAUAGGUCCAACUCCACUCUGAUGGCUUGGACGUGAGGGACCCCCCGGGUAUCAGGUCGUUUCGCCCCAGGGGCUGUACUCCAGAUUUCAAGUGUCGGGGAUGAUCGAAAGGGAACAAAAAUCGAAACCAAAAUAAAUCCCUAGGCCAAAUUAACCCCCCCAAAAUCCCUGGUCCAAAUUUCUGAGCCUUAAAAACUGCAGCCGCAAACCAAGUGUGGUUUUACUUUACUCGCAGAAUUAUGCGGCCGGGAUAUGGGGGCACUUCUACAAAUCUUCAGAUUGUUCUGAAUACCCAAAAUAUCCCCACUUAAAUCAGUCCAUCUCAAAAAAAUACUUGCCAAAUUUUCCUAUCCCAAAAAAUCCCAGAAUCAAAAAUUUCAAACCCAAAAAAUCCCUCGACAGGAGCCCAUGCACUUGUGAAAUCCAAGCUUACCUAAAAUAACAUGUCUGAUAAGCAGUUUUGCUGUGUUGUGGGGUGUUCUAUGUCAUUCGGCAUAUUGUCUGGGGGGUGGGGGGGGACUCCCGAAUGAAAGAGGCAGGAGGCCCACUUAGUUGGGGGUGGGAGGCAACGUAUAUCCCUAGUCUGAAUUUCAAAACCUGUCAUAUUGGAGAAAGAAGUAAAAUCCUUAGGUAUUUUAUAUUUUGCUUCAUCACUGUUGCAGUUUCAACUCAUCUUGUGUCAUUGGUGGCUAUUUUAAUCUGUCUUUUGUCAACAUUUCAAGGCCAUGUCCCUUGUUAAAAAAUUGCCUUAUAGCAGGUUAGUCCCUUGUCAGAAUUGGGUCAUAACAGAGCCUCAGACAAGGAUGCCUGUCAUCUUGCUUGGAGGAGUAAAUUGCAGAUUGUGGUCUUAACUAAGAGUGUUUAAGAUGGAAAGAACAUCUUUUGGGCAAUAAUUUUCUGGGUCACUACAGCUUUUUAUUGGGUCCAGGAAUUCAUUGGUUACCUAUUUUAAGUAUAGCCUCUUUUGGGGGAUUUGGGACACACUUCCUUUUUAAGACCAAAGUUAAAAACUUUUCUCUUUGACAAAUUUAUUUAGAGCAAUUUAUCUAACCAAGCAAAGACAGAAAGACCUUCAGGAUAAAAUUGCCCAUGUUGUGGAAGAACUUAAAAAGACGUAGUCCUUGAAUUUUUUGUUCAUAAAAGGAUAUGAACCCUGUCUUUAGUAUAUAAGUUUUUUUUUUAUAUUAGAUUUAAUUUUUGUGAAACACCUUGAGUAACUAGUGGAUGUAUUGGACAGCUAUGUGAAAGCAUUAUUAUCAUAAGUAUCAUUGUCAUCAUCAUCAUCAUUAUUAUUGUUGUCAUUAUUAUUACCAUUACUAUUAUGAUUAAGUCUGAUAAUAUGAGUUUAAGUAUCCUUGUACUUUUCGUUUGUUUUUUGAUUGGAUAGAGUGUCCCCCCCCCCCAGGGAUGUAACAAUCUGUGACAGUAACAAUGACCUUUAGUGUUUAUUUUUCCUGGGUAGUGGGACUGGGUAGAAGGGUACUUCCCUUGGGACAUAAGUCCCAUCUGUGCCCAUCCCAGUUGGACAGGUCUGCUGCCAGUGCCGGGCUGAAUUGAAUAGUCAGUUGAAAAAAUAAUUAGAGGAAUGAAACUUUUUAAUGGUUGGCAUUUUAUACUGUUGUGAUUAAAUUUUGUUGCAAAUUGUUUCUUCAGAAUUGAGUGUGGAUGGAAACUGAGGCACCUGCUGAGGGGAUAUGAAGGGGUAAUAAAACAGGUAUAACUUGUUAGAACAAAAUAAUAUUAACGACUAAAAGCUAGUACUUCUCAUCUCUGUGGUGUUGCUUAUAUUUUAUGAAAAAGACAACGUUAUUAUAGAGAUUCAGAAUCAUAGUGAGGAGAAAUUGGAGAAUACAAUAUUAGAUUUGUGUUGAUGAAAUAAUUCUGGUAUAAACCGACUUUUGUCUUUCUUAGCACCUUCACGUGCCACAUGAGUCUAGUGUAUAGUACUAUGUAAAACAACAGUUGGGUUUUGUGUGACAUUUGACUUAAUUCACUCCAGGUGGAAAUGAUAAGGUUUAUGAACUUUGCAUGAGCUUUUCUCUUUGAUUCUUUCUUUAUAGAGGCUAGCACAAAGUAGGGAUUUGCCAUCAUUUCUAGUAGAGCUCAAGAGUAUUCUGGUAUGUGGUCCACUAAUGUCAUUCUCUUCCAUAACAAAAGUUAUGGGAAAGUCAAGUCAGCCCUUGUUUUUUAACUAGUUAUCCAGAAUGUUAAUUUAAGUAGUAUCAAUGUUAUUUGAAACUUAUGUGUCCCUCUGCCAUUAGAGAUAACUAAAAGGACAACCUUUAUUUCCUAAAUCCUGGGACUAACUACUAAAUUACAUCCCCAUGGCUCCUUGUAAUGUGUUAGACAUGCUAAUGAUAUAUGAAAAUUAAUGUUAAUCUUUUCCUCCCCUUUUCUGCAGUGACAAAUUGACAAAGUGACAAAUUUUCACUGAUGGGAGCAUAAGUCAUCUUAGUUAACAGGGUACCCUUGAGGUGGAUAAACAUUUCAUCCAGGGUGGGGGAGGGGGGUACAGUUUUCAAACACAUCUUUCGUUUUUCUAUUUCCAAUCGUUAGGAGAAGCUCCUGAAAUGUCAGAGGUCAGAAAAAGUUGGCUCUGGACCAAAGUUUUACACACAUUUGGUGACAGAGCUAGAAGCCAUUGGUUGGGACAAGUGAGUACAAAGUGAAAUUAGUUAAUAAUGUUUUUUUGUUCAGUUUUGUUAUACUGGAAUUUUGUUUUUAUAAAAGAAAGUUUGUUCUUUUACUUUAAGCAGAGCACCUUUGUUCUUGCUGUGGCUCUUAAAAGAAGACAUAGUGGUGUGAACACGAGCUACAUAGUUACAAUAGUGUAUUAUUGGCUCUCUUACGUGUUAACUAUUCCUGACAGCAUGUCAGAUAAUAAUUAUCUUGAGUUAGUCCUCAAUGAAAAGCAUCAAACUCAACAAACAGACACAAUCUAUUUUCUUUGCUUAGAUUGGCUUUUGUCGAUCCAUCUUUUGAAGUUUUGAAAUUUGCUGCCAGGUAGGUAAUGUGAUUUCCUCUGCAGUGGGUUUUGCCAUAAGUGGAAUUUAUAUUCCUUGUGAUAUUGAGACUGAGUCUAUUAAGAUGCUGUUUGUGUUUGUUAACUGAAAUUUAUGUUAAUUUUUAUUAUAUCGGAAAUGAGAGUUGUGCCAAUCAUUGAUUUGAGUAAAAGAGAUGCAGUCAUUGAUUUUGAAAAGUAUUCAAUCAAUUACCUGAGAGAAAUAAAACAAAUAUUAUUAUUGUUGACAAACAAGACUCCUAAAAUUUGUCUUGUCUAUUUUAAUAAAUUAUGGAUUUAUAUAUUUGCAGGUGUAAUCCAUUGAUAAGUCUAUGUUUUUUUAUCAUGAUCUAAAACAAGGUACAAUGGCCCUGUUUAACUAUUUGAAUUCCAAUGAUCAAUUAUGUAAUGGCAGCUGAUUUCCAUCACUACCAGCUCUAAACAGUUAGUAUUGUGAGGCGACUCAGUAUUUUGGUGGUGUAUCUCACUAAUUUAUUACAGUGCUAUGUAUACUGUAAGUUAAUGUUAGAAACAGUUUAGCUCAGCAACACUUUGUGACAAACAUGCUUUUAUUUAGUUUGUCUUUGCUGUUGUUGUAUGGUAGUAACCAGCAAUGUGUCAUUAUUCUUACAGAGAUAACAGAGAUAGAGAGCAUUUCAUCACUGUGCACCUCUCAUCUCAGGUGAUGUGAUAAUCUUUAUCUACUCCCAGUACACUAAAAAAAAAAUUUUUUCGCAAGACUUUAUUGUCUGAACACUCAAACUGGAACACUUGGAAGAACAUUGCCCAAUCACAAUGUUUUCUGACAACAAAGGAUUCACAAGUUUUUUUGCCAAUGAACCAAUAAAAUUCAAGGUUCAACUAUGCAACUGUUGAAAACUUUAAAGCCACUUGAACUUACCUAACCACUCGGGAAACAGUCCUCAAAUUUAUGAAUGUUUUUGGCCUGUUUGCAAAACACUUGAGAAUCUUUUGUUUUCACAAAAGGCUGUGAUUAGCCAAUCUUCUUCCAAGCGUCCCAGUUUGAGUGUCCGCACUGUAACCCAUAAUAUUGUUACUAACAAUAAUGUUCUAGUGGAAUACAGAGAAUCAAAGUUAUGCAUGUGACUAAUAUCGGCUCCCAUUUUUGUUACCUCUCUUUCUUUCAAAAUCUGUAGCAUUUAUUUAAAAUGACAUUGUCUAUCAUUUUGUGUUCUAACAAAGUUAUGCCUAUUUGUGGUUUACAAAUCUCUCAUUCUCUGCUGGCUCUUUACUCAUUUAGACAUUAAAAUAAUAUUUUAUUCUGACUUUUAUUAUCUCUUUUUCUCCAAAAUGCAUUAGUCAAGUUCUACUUUGAAUUAAACUUCUCUAAUAUACUGUCAAGUAACUGCUGUGUUCGCUCUAGAUUUCCACCAUCAUAUUUUACCAACACUUAACUUCUCAUUAGCUGUAAUUAACAAGAAAUUAGUUUUAAACCACAGGCCAUGCAUCAGGAAAAUUAUGUAGAAACAAAAUUAUUUUAAGUCUUGACACGAAUAAUAUUAAUUUAUUAUUAUUAUUACUAUUAUUAUUAUAAUCAUAACUAUAACAAAAUUCUUAAAUCUGAUUGGCUAUCAACUGCCCUGAUUUCAGCCUUAAUAAGACAGUUAAAUAGGACAGUACACGUCAUGCCUAAGUAAUUGGACAGUACGCGCCAUCACGCGCGCGCUUAAAUCGCUUUUUUUUUCACUGCUAGCAAAAAAAAUAAAAAAAAGAGCCUAAUAUAUCACAAAUUUUGUUAAAGCUAUGAUUAAUUGGUAACAGAACUUUGUGUCAUCCAAUUCGGUCUGUAAUCAUACUCAUGAUUAAACAAAUUUUGUUAAUCACUUGUAUGAUUACAGACCGAAUUGGACCCCACUCAGUCCUGUUACCAUUACUUGUUAUUACAUUGCUGUUGUGAAUUGUUUUUAGCAUCCUCAAGUAGCACCAACUUGUACUACAGAACUACCAGGGCAGCACUUCAGCUUCUCUUGGAAUUCACAGGUAACUAAAUCGACAGGAGUAUAGUGCUCUCACUUACAUGUACACUUUAAUUUAAAGUAGAAGGGAAGUGACAAAUUUAAUAAGAGGAUAGCAAAGGAUUUAUGCAUGAUGCAUGAUUAGGCCCAUAUUUAGCGUUUGACACAUGAAAUUUUCCAUAAUACAAACAUGAUCUGUGAAACCACUGAUAGAUGUGAAGCAUGAUUUAUCUUGCAAGAUAUCUGAGACUCGUGAAUUAUGUGUCCCAUUUUGUCAGAAUCAAUAGUAUAGGACAAUAAUAUUAUACAGAUUGAAUAAUAUUGUCGGUUGUAUUCUUUGCAUUACGUUUUUGUCCUGGUUAAUAAUUACCAAAGAACUAGAACCCAAAAACCACGUGCCGUCAUCUCUGACGUCUUUGAAUGAGCAAUCGUUCAAGUCUGGUCCAUGAUGACGGCGAUUUCAGUUUGUAGCCAGUCUUUGAUUAACAGGUGGGAGAGGUUGAUGACUAAAUUCAUGACCCAUGAAAAUUGGUUUAUAGAGCACGUGAUAUGUGAAAUUUGUCAAAAUUUGCAUGUGACACAGGCCCAUGACCACCCCCCGUCCCCCCUUGCUACCCUAAAUUAAAGUAGCUGAGGUUCUUAACCUUUUUUGAUGUAGUUCAUCUAUUGUCUUUUUCCUUCUAUGAAAGUAGCUGGGCCUCAGUUUCAAAUAUUCAAUCCCAUUUAUUUAUCAGUUACUGUAACAUUUUAAUUCUGAUUCUCAGCUCUUCUUUUGGAGAUAAUCAUCAUUGUUUUCCCAUUUCCAUUGCACCAAAAUCCUGAGAAAAAGCCAGGAUUUAUAAUACUGUUUCUGCUUUCUUUUCCUGGAGUACGCAACCAGUUUAAGCGAAAGUAAACAAUUUGAUUGGAGAAUUCUCAGUUUACUAGGCUAAAUAAUCCGGCUAGCGUUUGAUAGCUUAUGACUACUUUUUAUUCAGACAUGGAUCCUUUUUCAAAAUACUCUCCUGUAAUGUUACACCUUUCUCCUGCUACUAGAAUUCUUAAUGAAACCCUUGGUUAUUUCCUUUUCUUUUGUUAGAGCCAUCCUCUUGAACAAUUGUAUCAACAAUUCCAACAGGUAAUAUAAAAAUAGUGUUUCUCUGGCCCAGGCUCAUUAUAUUCUAAUAAAUUGUUUGACAAUGUUAGGCUGGGAAUAUUCUAUUCCUCAAUGUUAUUCUCAGAUUAGCCAGCUAUUGUACAUUAUAAAUUUUCCAUACACAAAAUAUUAUGUUCUUUUUAAAAUCUCAGCAUUGGGUUUGUACUUAAAUAUAUUUCUAAAAUUUUGCAAAUUUUAGCCUCAAUUAAAAACAUAAUUUUUAUACAAAAAGGUAGUGUAUCUCAGCGAUUUUCUACCAUGAAUUUCUUGCUAGCCACAGUAUCUUCAAUUUUCAUGUGUGCAGGCUAUAAUAAUACAUCAGUUUUCUUUUUUAAAUCAAAAGGUGCUUUGUCAGUUUGAGAAUUUUUGGGACAUGUUAGAUGAAAUAGACUGUAACACCUGGGUUCUAGAACCUGAUCACCCAUCACGAUCCUGCACAAAUAGAAGAAUUGCUCUUGGUAAGUCCUAGAAAGGAACAAGCACCAAUAAUAAAAAUAAUACAGUUGACUCCUGAUAACUGGAACCCUUACUAACUCAAACCUCGCGCUAACUCAAACCAAAGUCGAUUUCCCCUGGAUUUCCUUUUUUGAUGUACUGUAAUUUUACCCUCGGUAACUCGAACCCUUGAUAACUCGAACCUCCCGCUAACUCAAAGUAAUUUUUGUUCCCCUUCAGCUCAUUUCUAUACAAUUUUACCCUCGAUAACUUGAACUAUGUUAUAAGUACCCGACAAGUCGAGGAAAAAACGGUGUACCAAAGUCCAAAACAUUGAAAAAUCAAUUUAAUUAUUUCAAAACAACCGAGUAAAGUCUUUGCCUUUACUUUUUUGUCACUCUAGUUCAAAUUCAGUGUCCAUUCCUCUAUACUUUGUUGCAAUGGCGCAAUGAUGAUGAUCGUAGAAAUUGACUCGCUAGCUUUUCCUUUGAUUAUGCUCAUUAUUCGUGGAAAGAGUUGAAAAAUGAAGGGUCCCCCGGAGCCUGUUGGUAGAAUCGCGAAAAAGUCUUAGUCUCGGCGAAUAGAUUCAAGCAAAUUUUCGGCUCUUCACGAAAAGAUUCCACAUACAGGAAAUGCUCGAUUGCAUUGUUUAUAGUAGCUUCGACGUCCGCGUGAUUCACUAACCAGAUGUCUGUCUGUCUCCCGCCAUAUCCCAUUCCUCAUCAAUGUCACCAGUGCUCAAGUGUUAACAGAAGGUGUCCUAAUCGACCAAUAAGAGGGUAUACUGGAAUCCAGUAUACCGGAGCGACCCUUUGUUAAGAAUGUUAACAGGCAUUCUUCCGCUCUCCCCCCCUCCAUUUCACUGGUGUACAAUUUCUUACUCCCCUACUAUGUGAACGCUUGGAACAGGCUAUCCCCUCUCCUCCAAAACCCACCUUUCAAAACAAUUUCAUAACAGCUCCUAAGUGCCUUGCAGGUAAACAAUUAUUACAUUUUGACAGGAAUUGUCUUGUUAAAUUAAUUUUGUUACAUUAAUUUCAUCUUUUACCAUAAUAACACAUUAUGGCCCUGACUGCAGGCCUGUAUAAUGUUGUGGUACAGCAUUGCCAGUACCCUGCAUGCAGAGGUUUCUUUCUGGCAUGGCUUUUAACAUUUGGAAAAAUCGUUUGCAUGGCUUGUCAGUUUAGUUAGUUUAGGUGACUGACAGCGACGUGAUGGACUUUGUAACGGUGAUUCUGGUCACAAAGGCCUUGGGACUGGCUCAUGUGCCACUCCACACAGUCAAGUAAUCUAUGAGUUUUCUUUUUCCAUGUUCAGGCAACAAUGCCUCCAUUCAAAUAGAUCUGAAUCCUACAAACCCCAGACUUCUACCAGAGUGCAGAUUUUUAGGAGCUGACAAUGGUAUUUGAAAAAUGAUUCAUGAAUUUUUAGAUUCUUUUUAUAAUCUCAGAACCAGGCUGUUACUCAGGGCUGCUGGAGGCUGGGAAUUUCUCCUCGCUUCUAUGAUUGAACAUUCCAUGAACAUGAUCAUUGUAAACAAAGGGAAAAUAGAUUGAACCAGGAGCAACCAAUGACUGUUUUCUGUGAAAAUAUAUGUUUGGAGAAGCGAAUAUUACCUAGAAGUUUCUAUGACUUGAAGGCGGCUAAAAUUCCUAGAUGAGCGUUCCACUCAUGUACAAUUUUCGAAGCGUAUCUAAUAAAUAUAUCUAAUAAGUUUAAUUUUCACAUUUCACUUCCCAAGUUAGGCUAUUAAUUUUGUCGUAGAGAAAAGGAAAGUAACAUAAAAUUUUUGGACUCAAAAAUGCAAUGGAGAGAGAAUUCGGAAAAUGUCUCACUUUCAUAAUACGUCAAAUUGCAUCUAAAAUUUUCGGAAAAAUAAUACUGAAGCCCUUGUAAUUUUGUAAAGACUCAAGUUCCCCUAGGAUGACCAAAGAGAUACAAGUUUUAUAGCACCGCUUAGAUUGCAUUGCUAGACUUCUAAAAGUACUCUGGAUAGCCUAAGUGUUAUCAAUGUAUUUAGGACGAAACUAAAAGAACGUCCAAUCUGUUCAAUUACCCAUCUAUAUUUUAUUGCAUAGGUAUACCUUCCAACUUGAAAUCUUAGUGACAACUCUGCUCAAAGCAUAAUUUUUUUUGGUCAGAGUCUCUAAGGAAAUAAAGUAUUAGUUUUCAGUUACUAAAUGAUAUUGUUUCUACCAUUUACUAUUCAGAACAAAGCUUGAGUUAAAACUGACUGUGAAUGGAAUUUUUUUGCAGUUAUUUUACCUUUGCGAGAACAUCUGAAUGCAAACAUUCAGUCCUGGUAAGUUACUAUACUGUGAAAAAUACAAGUUGUAGCUAUCUUAUCUUUUAAUUAUUUUUAAUGUAUAUGUGUUUUAAAUUAGGAAUCCACAGCUAUCCGUUCUGGAAAACCUGGAGAGUUUACUGGGACAAAAAUUUCCCUCCCCCUCAACAACAAAGAAGGAGGUAGUUGGACAUGUUUUCUGAAGUCACUGUUGAAAAAAAGUUAAAAUGUUAUUUUAUAAACAAUAAAUAUCACUUUUUUUGAAGGAUUUCAGUAUGGAGUGUGGCAUAUGUUAUGCCUAUCGCCUUAAUGAUCUGAUACCAGACAAAGCCUGCGAUGAUUCACGGUGUGGACAGCCCUUCCACAGUUUGUGUCUGUAUGAGGUGAGAAGAUGGUUUUUCAUGCAAUUAACCAGAGCAUGCCAGCCACAUGAAAACUAAUGUCAGAUGUAACUUCACAUUUGAAAAUAACAUGUUAACAAAUAAUUAUCACUGUUGCAGUGAGAGUUGCAAUAAAUCAUACCUUUUGAAGAAAAAAUGUUAAAGGGAAAUGGUUUGGUAUUUCAUUUAUUUAGUGUUUAUAUAAUAAAUAGAUCAUAACAUGGGUGCUUGGAGCUGUAUGUAAAAGAUUUCUCUUUGAGUGUUGAAAAAUGUUAAUUUCAUGAGUGAGUGUAGCAAACAAGUGAAAUAUGUAAAAUCCUCUGUUUCUUGUGUGUAAUGAAGAAUGUGCAAUAUUGAUGCAAACCCAUGUUAAUCAAAUUGUUUAAGUGUUUUAUGAAAUUUAAGUUGUGCACUGUUGUUCAUUAUUUUUUCUUGCAGUGGCUGAGAGCUUUGCCUUCUAGUCGGCAGAGUUUCAACAUGGUGUUUGGAGAGUGUCCAUACUGCAGCAAGGUGAGACAUAAUGAUUCUCUUAAAUAAUAUUUGUAUGAAAUAUUCAGUGCUUAGCAUUGCUCAGGGCAAGCAAGACAUAGGUAAUCUGCAGGUUAACAAAUUAGUUGGUAGGUCAAUGGUGUUGCAUGGCCAACUGUUGGUCAGAAUAAAGUUUGUUGUGUUUAACCUGAGAUUACAGGGUUUUCACAGUCUUGAAAAGUCCUUGAAUUUUAGGGGGAGUCCUUGAAAAGUCCUUGGAUUUUUUUUUUCUUUAAAGUGUGAGCCCGGAAAGUGUUUUUCAAUGCUUUUUGGUUGCCCAAGACAGAAGUUAUAAAUCAUAGCUCAGAGAAGUUCAAGGUGAUUUACUUGAAGCAUUUUUUGUUUUAUGCAAGAAUUAGCUAUUAAUUUAAGACAAGUGAAAUGAAAAAGUGUAGAGAAGUUGGUGGAGCAAACAGUUCAAGCCUUUAAAGUCCUAUAAGAAUGGACUGGGAAUAUGCAUUUUUGUACAAUCUGUGACAUUACAUUCCUGGUAGGGUGUCCUUGAAAAUCAAAUGUGGUCCUUGAAAAGUCUUUGAAAAGUCCUUAAAAAGUGGUUGCAAUUUUUUGUGUGGACCCUGGUUUACUAUUCUUGUUUGGGCUUUAACAAAAAUAAACAAGUCACAUGCAUUUGUAUAAGCUAAAACCCAUCAAUGGCCUUUAUGAAUUUAAAGUUGCAUUUGCAAAUUCACUAUAUAUUACUUGUCAUUUUUAAGUCAUUCUUUUAAUUUUAAUGUUUCUUGUAUUUCAGCCCAUUACAGUCAAAAUGGUGACAGGAAAAUGA